AUGGCCAAAGCUUUCUUCAGGCUACAGAAGUUUCUCCGUCGGACCCAGUUUCUACUCUUCUUCCUCACAGCGGCUUACCUGAUGGCUGGCAGCCUCUUGCUGCUGCAGCGGAGCCGCUUGGUUAUCCAGCAAGGUUCACGUGGGACCCCCUCGAGCCAGGCGCUGCCGGCGUUGGAGGAGAUGGGCAGGGCUGGGGUGGCAGAGCCCAGGAGCCUGCAGAGCCCCCGGCCGCUGGUGGCCGUGGACGCCCUGCAGGAGCCAGCCCUGGAGCAGUGGCACAGCCCGCGCUGGCUCACGUCCCGCAACUCGGAGCUCAGGCAGCUCAGGAGAAGGUGGUUCCACAGGUUCACCAGCGAGCAGGAGCCCCUGCAGACUGCGGGAUCGAAAGCGAUGAAGCGCACUGCUGAACACAAAGGCACCUACAUGGGCUGCUUCGCUCACGACUCAAGGGAGAGGACACUGAAAGGAGCUGUCUUUUAUGACUUAAGAAAAAUGACAGUAGCUCACUGUCAGGAAGCUUGUGCUGAGAGGGCUUACAGCUACGCGGGGCUGGCUCACGGAGCAGAGUGCUACUGCGGGAACUCGCUGCCCGCGGCCGCGGCCAGGAGCGAGGAGUGCAGCAGCGAGUGCCGGGGCCAGCGGGGCUCCGUGUGCGGGGGGCUCGGCCGGCUCUCGGUCUACAGCGUGGAGCUCCGGACGGCGGCCAGGCCACGGAGAAAUGUUAUCUAUCGAGGGUGUUUUAGAGCUCCAGAAAAUUUAACAGACACCUUUCCAGCCUCUUUGACACAGCCCAAUUUGACGGCGGAGAUGUGCUCUGAAUUUUGCUCCAAGAAAGAGUUCCCGUUGGCAGUGAUCCGAGGGCUGGAGUGCCACUGUGGGUUCCCCACCAGGCGCUUCUCGCUGCGCGAGGGCGCGGACGGGCUGCGCUGCAGCGGGAGCCGCAACGCCAGCAGCGCUGCCGGGGGAGACUACUGCCUGGUCUACCAGACACCUGUGCAAGACACCCGCUGCACAGACAGGAAAUUCUUAACCACCAAAUCCAAAGUGUUCGUUGCUUUGUCAAGCUUUCCUGGGGCUGGGAAUACGUGGGCACGCCAUUUGAUAGAGCACGCCACAGGAUACUACACAGGAAGUUAUUACUUUGAUGGAGCCCUCUACAACAAAGGUUUUAAAGGAGAAAAAGACCACUGGAGGAGUAGGAGGACCAUCUGUGUGAAAACACAUGAAAGUGGCAAGACAGAGAUUGAAAUGUUCGACUCGGCGAUCCUGUUGAUAAGGAACCCCUACAAAUCCCUGAUGGCAGAGUUCAACAGAAAAUACGCCGGGCACCUGGGCUAUGCCACUGACCGCAACUGGAAGAGCAAAGAGUGGCCAGACUUUGUGAACAGCUAUGCCUCCUGGUGGGCCUCCCACGUCCUGGAGUGGCUGAAGUAUGGGAAGCGCCUGCUUGUUGUCCAUUAUGAGGAGCUGAAGCAGAGCCUCAUCCCCAAGCUGAAGGAGAUGGUGGAGUUCCUCAAUGUGACGGUGACAGAGGACAGGCUGCUCUGUGUGGAGAACAACAGGGAUGGGAAUUUCAAGCGGUCUGGUGCUAAACAAAAGAAUUUUGAGCCAUUCACCCAGGAGAUGAAAGAUCUCAUCAACAAAUACAUCCUGACAGUGGAUGAAGCCCUAAAGGGAAGAAACUUCUCAGGGCUGCCCAGGGAGUAUGUGCCAAGAUGAUAGGCUGGUAUCACGCUGCUGUGGUUAAAAAGGAAGUUUGUUUUUUCUUAAAAAAAAAAAAAAACCCAGAAAAAAAUCCCAAACAAAAAACCCACAAACAAACAAGAAGAAAGGGAAAAGAAGGGGGGAAAAAAAAAGAAAAAAAAAAAGAAAACAAAACCAAAAAACGACCAGACCUCUUUAGCAGUUAUGUCAAAGAUACUUGUGGAGGCUGCUGAGCAGUGCAGCAGUUGGGAAUGCCUGGGUUUUGUCAGCCCCAAACAACCCCAAACCUGGCUCCAGGGGCAUGGAAGAGACCCCAGAGGGGUGGCAGAGAAGGGAGUGCCACCUAUGCUAGGGGCUCAACACAGGUUUCUGCACCUCCAUCUCUUCACCUGGAGAGCCAUGGUGAGUCUAGGGGGACACCGGGGCCAAGUGUCCCCACGGUCAGUGCUCUUGGUUCCAGCUGGGAGCACCUGGAGAACAGGGGCAGAGGGGAUGAAGCCCAGUCCCUCCGGCCCCAGCAGGGGUGGGCUCACACCUUGUACCCCAUCCCUGAAUCCCUGGAGGAACCCCAAGGCUCUCCGACCCGGAAA